AUGCCCGCCGCUAUGCUGCCCGGUCCUGCUCCGGCCGGGUCAGACUGGAGCUUCCAGAACCCGGUGGGGGUGGACUGCAGCUCCCCUGAGCCGCGCUGCAUCUGGCUGGCGGUUCUCCGUGGAACCGCCGGCCCACUGCCACCCUCGGCGCCGCCGGUCACGCCUGCUGGGAGCAGCCAAAGCUCCCACCGUCUCAGGGCUAAAGGGCGGAGGGAUGGUGUCUCCAGUGUCUCCUCACCUGGUGACAACCCUCGACCACCGAUGGCGACCCGGCCAGGGAGGGAGGGGGCCGGCAUGGGCUGGAAGGGUCCCCGGACGCUGGUCCUCCAGAAGAACUCCCAGGGUUUCGGGUUCACACUCCGCCACUUCAUCGUUUACCCUCCAGAAUCUGCCCUGCACUCCAACAUCAAGGAUGAGGAGAACGGUAACGGAAAGGGGUAUCAGAAAGAUCGCCUGGAGCCGAUGGACACCAUAUUUGUAAAGAAUGUGAGGGAAAAAGGUCCGGCCCACCAGGCGGGCUUGUGCACAGGGGAUCGGCUGGUGAAAGUGAACGGUGAAAGUAUUCUUGGAAAGACUUAUUCACAGGUGAUCGCCCUUAUUCAAAACAGUGAGAGUGUGUUGGAGCUCUCCAUUAUGCCCAAAGAUGAAGAUGUGCUUCAGCUGGCGUACUCCCAGGAUGCCUACCUGACAGGUAACGAGCCCUACAUCGGAGGAGCGGAGAACCUCCCCCCACCACCUCCCCUCUGUUACCCACGCGCCAGGACCGCGUCCUUCGGAGGCCCCCUGUCGUCCCCCAUGGGCCAGAACCAGCUGGACAACUGGAGUCGCUGGCCAGGGUCCUCCAGCCCCUCGUCACCCAUGGACAACCGUUCGGCCGUGGGCAGUCCGGCCAACUGGCAGGAGGGGCGGGCGGGGGAGCCAGGUGGUGUGGGUCACAGCAGUCCGGCCCAUCGCACGGAGGAGAUCCAGUACGGGAUGACCAGCCAGCAGCCCCAGGGUCAGACCAGAGGACGCUCCUACUCCUCUUCCUCCUCAUCCGGAGGUCCUCUGUCCAGCCCGCUGCAAGUCCACUACCCCAACCACCACAGUGCCAGCCCCUCUCAGGCCCAGCCGCGCCAGUCCGGCUCGGCGUGGACCAGUCCACCCCUGCCCCAGGUCGGCCCCGCCCGCGCCGAGCGCUGCCAGCAGGCCCUCUCGGACUGGUACUACAGCCAGCUGCCCGAGCGCUCGGGCCGCAGCAUGCAGACCCGCCACCGCAGCUACUCCCAAGACCGGCUCAGCGAAACCCGGAGGCAGCAGCAGCGGGCCGGCGGCUGGCCUCACAGCGCCUCCCAGGACACCCUGCUCUUACUACAGCAGGCUGGACACCACGGCGAACCCUACUGGUCCCACGGAGACUGGGACGCGGGCCCCGGCAGGGGCCACCCGGCCUCCAACUACACCCGGACGCGCUCGGAAAACCUGCUGGCCCAGUACGAUCGGCACGGCCGCUCGCUGGAGAUGCUGGACAGAGCGUCGGCCGGACUGGUCUCGCCUCGGUCCGAGAGGCCCUCGUGGCCUCAGCAGGCCCCCCAGCCUCCCCCGAGGCCCGACGCCUACCCGCGGCAGGGGGGCCAUUUCAGCGCGAUGCCAGGGGCUCCGGUCAGCAGGCACCCGCAGUCCCAGCCCCAGCACCACCCCCAAACCCUCGCCCAGUCCCACUCCCAGCCCCAGCAGGCCGUCCCCCAGAGCAGACGGCUCCCCGUUGGCCAGAGCAUGGACGACCAGCCGGUGGGCUACCGCAGCUACAGCCCCUCUUUCUACCGCAAGACCGGCCGCAUCAUGCAGCAGGCUCAUUCUUUCAGGGACCCCUCGUACUCCGGCCCCCACCUGAACUGGAACCCGGCGCCUAGGACCAGCCCCACCGAGGGAGCCUCGGUGCCCCUCAGCGCGUCCGCCGCGUCCCCGCUGACCUCCACCUCCCCCGAAUCCCAGGACAGAGCGUACAGACCCACCAACCACGAGAGGGAACGAGGGGCGGCGGAGGAGCAGGCCGAGGCGGCGGCUCAGACCCAGGAGGUGGUCCUGAGGCAGAAACCUCCCACCGGCCGGAGGAACGUCCACGGCAUGCGGCAUCCCCACUACGCGCUGCCCGUGGACGGGCUGGAACCCUCUCUGUUUUCCCCUGACCCUAAAGACUCAGCCCUCGCCCCCGGAUCCACCGGAGAUGAAGCCCAGCGCAAACCAAAUGGCAACCUUGCCUCCCUCUCAGCGGAGGAGGACUCUCUGGCCUCCAUCCCCUUCAUAGACGAGCCGACCAGCCCCAGCGCUGAUUUGCGCGCCCGCCACGUCCCGGCGUCCUCCGUGGUGUCCAGUGGCAUGAGUUCAGCGCCCGCCGUGGGCUCCAGCCCCGCCUCCCCCACCUUCACCUUCCCCCUCACUAGGCUCUUCUCACAAGACUGCAGCAGUAUUAAAUCCACUCGCCGUUCCUCCUAUGUUCUAGCCAUCACCACCGAGAGGUCCAAGUCCUGUGAUGAGGGGCUCAACACGUUCAGAGAAGAAGGCCGGGGCUUAAGGCUGCCAAAGAGAGUAAAGAGUUUCUUCACAGAUGGGUCUCUGGACAACUUCGGGACAGCGGAAGAGGUUCGCUCCAAACGCCACUCCACCUCAGAGCUGGGAAACAUCACUUUCAGCGACGUACGACGAGAAGGAUGGCUGCACUUCAAACAAAUCCUCACAGAGAAGGGCAAGAAGGUGGGCAGCGGCAUGCGCCCGUGGAAGCGGGUCUUUUCGGUUCUCCGCUCCCACUCGCUUUUCCUCUACAAAGACAAGAGGGAGGCGGUGCUCCACGGAGCGGCUAUCGCGGACGCCGAAGAGGAGCAGCCGAUCAACAUCCGGGGCUGCCUGGUGGACAUCGCGUACAGCGAGACCAAGCGGAAGCACGCCCUGCGACUGACCACGCAGGACUUCUGCGAGUACCUUCUGCAGGCAGAGGACCGGGAGGACAUGCUGGACUGGAUAAAGGUCAUCAGGGAGAGCAGCAAGACAGACAACGAGGAGCUUGGCAUCUCCAGACAGGCCCUCAUCAGUAAAAAGCUCAAUGACUACAGGAAACAAAGUCCAACAGGCGGCAAACCCGACUCGUCUCCGCGGAUGCCCCGCAUGAAACCUCCCUUCCUGCUCAAUAAGACGGAGAACGCGGCCGGAGCCCCACGCUCCCCGAAACCAGACGGCAAAGAUGAGAGCAGCCCUCCGAAAUCUCCUUGGGGAAUAAACAUCAUGAAGAAGACAAAGAAGUCUGGGCCCAAAGCGUUUGGAGUGAGGCUGGAGGAAUGUCAGCCUGGUGCAAAUAACAAGUUCAUUCCGCUGAUUGUUGAAAUCUGCUGUGGCCUGGUGGAGGAGAUGGGCCUGGAAUACACCGGCAUCUACAGAGUCCCAGGAAAUAACGCCAUGGUGUCGCUGCUUCAGGACCAGCUCAACAAGGGAUCGGACAUCAUCCCCACAGAGGAGAAAUGGCAGGACCUCAACGUUGUCAGCAGUCUGCUCAAAUCUUUCUUCAGGAAGCUUCCAGAGCCCCUGUUCACCAAUGACAAGUAUAACGAUUUCAUUGAUGCCAAUCGCAUGGAUAACCCAUCUGACAGACUAAAGACCAUGAAGAAACUGAUCCGAGACCUCCCGGACCAUUACUAUCACACUCUGAAGUUCCUCGUUACUCACCUGCAGACGGUGGCUGACCACGCGGACAAAAACAAGAUGGAGCCUCGUAACUUGGCUCUGGUGUUUGGGCCGACGCUUGUCCGGACGUCUGAGGACAACAUGAAAGACAUGGUCACCCACAUGCCUGACCGCUACAAGAUAGUAGAGACUCUCAUCCAACACUGCACCUGGUUUUUCACAGAAGAACUUGACAAGGAUGAGAAGACGCCGGUGGACACAGAGGAUGUGCAGCCCGCCCCGAACAUCAACCACCUUCUGUCCAACAUCGACAGGACCGUUCUGCUCCGGGAGGCUUCAGACUCAACCAACAGUGACUCGGCUAGAUCAAAGGGGUCAUGGGGAUCAAAAAAGGACCUCACAGCGAAGGACUUCCUGACUCUGUCCAUCAUGUCUGCCGUCACCGGCCGCAAACGCAGAAAGCGCCGCAAUGGCCGCCGCGUGGGCAGCAGCACUGACGACGACUCUGAGCACGAGCAGGUCAAAGCUGGGCACGUAAGGACAGAGGAGGCCGAGGAGGAAGAGGAGGAGGAGGAGGAGUCGCCCGUAGGGGACACCGCUCCUCGAGCAGAGGAAGAGGAGGAUGAUGACGACGAGGAAGUUGAAGAAAGUGGCGAUAAAGAGGAGGUCGGAAAAGAGGUGGCGGCGGUCGCGCCCGGCCGCAAAGAGGAAGAGGAGGCGGGAGGAAGGCCGGCGGCCAUGUUGUUGCAGGAGGAGGAGGCGCAGGCGGGGGUGAAGGGGCCGCCGUGGCGGGCCCCGGAGGACGCCCGCUCCAUCGUGUCCGGCUACUCCACCCUCUCCACCUUGGGGCGGAGCCUGGGCUCGGAGGGGCGGGGCGACGACGCCGACGACGAGCACAGCGAGCUGGUGAGCGAGACGGACAACGAGAGCGGCUUCGCCUCCCGCUCCCUCACGCAGGAGAGGCCCGACAAACCCCCCAAGACGCCCGCCGGCGUCCAGCCGCCCGCCGGCGCGGCGGCGCCGCCCGCCGAGGCCCAGCCGCCCGCGCCCCCGCGCAGCUUCCUCUACUCGCACGGCAAAGCCCCCGCCCUCUCGCCCACGAACCUUCUGGCCCCGCCCACUCCCCUCACGCCGGACUCCGCGGAGAAGAGCGACGGCAGGGCGUGCUCGGCCACGCCCUCGUCCUCCUCCCUGUCCUCCUCCUCCACCGCCCACAGACUGCACUCGCGGCCUUCCUUCAACUCCCACAAGCUGAUCCAGUGCGACACGCUGGCCCGCAAGAAGCUGAAGUCCGACAAGGCCAAGGGCCGCUCGCUGGACCUGUUCGAGGGCGAGGGGGUCGGCCCGGGCCCCGAGGCUCCGUCCGAACCCGGGGGGGACGCCUCCAGAGCCCGCCCCUCCUCGGGCAGCAGCCAGGAGAGCCUGCGGCCGGCGUCCCGGCCCAAAGCGGCGGCGCCACCCCCCAGCGAGGCCGCCUCCUUCACCCCGGGCGGCCCCCGGGGUGAAGGCGGCGGGCGGUCUCUGGCCGAGCAGGUCCGAGCCCGGCUGCUGGGCUCGGCCGACGACCUGCGCAGCGUGGGCCUGCGGAAGCCGCUGUCCCCCGAGACGCGCAGGAAGAGACGGGCGUGGCGCCGCCACACCGUGGUGGCCUCCCCGACCGAGGCGUCCGACAAGAGGCCCCAGAUGAGCGUCAGCGACUUCCCCCUGUCCCCCAUCAAUCAAAACCUGGUCAAGACGCAAGGACUCCCCCGAAGCGCUGACCACCUGGACCAAGGAAACAUUACACGCCAAGCCCCAGCCUCCAGAUUCCACCAGUAUCUGUGA